UUCAUAGAAAUGAAGAAAUUCUACUGGUCAAAUUUGAAAUUAACUGUUUUCUUUUCGUAAGCCAGGUUUUUCGUUUUGAUUCUUUCUAGAUUUUUUCAGUUGAUUUCAAUAUACAGCAUUAUUUAAUCUUUCUCAUUGUUUUACCCAAAGAAGUCCUAAGGUAUUAUAUGAGUUAAUUGUGAAAGAAAACCGUUAUACAUGAAAAUGUCUGAAGCUGUUUUCAAAACUCCGUAUGCAACCGAUACUCCCAAAUCAUAUAGAAAUGGAAGAGUUAAUCCAGUGAAAUGUAAUUCCGAUAGUGAUGAAAGUAUAUCUAGUAUUCCCGACAGUGGAACUUCGGGUGGAUCGACUGAUCAGAACUUGUCGAUAAUAGCCGAAUAUGAUGAGAUUUCAAGAUUCGUCAGAACGUUGAAGUCACAAUACAUUUAUUCAGAGAAGUCUUUCAGUGAAUUCGUGGAAACCACAAAGGUAUUAUUUCAGAGUUUCCGUAAAUCUCGCGAGGAAUGCAUGCGACUACAAGAAAGGCUAGAUGCUAUGAACCGAGAGAACAGCGAUCUGGAAGGGAAGCUGGCUCUUGCCCGAAAGUUUCUCGAUAAAGAGAAGAGAAACACUAAAAACGCCGAGAAAGAAAGGGAUAUUCUGGAAAUGCAAAUUUCUCAAAUGAAAGAGUUUCUUCUACAUAACAGAGAGGCUCGCAGGGUUAUACCAGAGGACACAUUGGGCAAAUUUGCCUUUCUAGAGUCAGACCGUAUAGACCAGGAGCAAGCUCCACAGCUCAGUUGUAUACCAGAAAUAAACUCAACAGGAUCUAUCCUCUCAGACUUCAGUUAUUCAAAAUCUGAAGAUGAUUUAGACACGUCUAAAUUCUAUGAUGGAAAAAUGUGGAAAAAGCCUCGUCCAAGUACUGAUUUAGCAUCAGAACAACCUGCCGUAAAGAAACGUAAAUCAUCCGGACAUAAAGUGGUUGAGAUAAGUACCAGUGAUACAGUUAGGGCAACUACAACUCUAACUAUGCCUAAACAUGGUCCCAUAACAGCCACUUCUGUUAUUGAGGCUUUACCAAGUGCACCUCAGCAACACAAUGCUUAUGCCCCAUCUGCGCCACUUCCAGAAACCCCUCAGAAGAAUGAGUAUCAUCAUCAACCAGCAAUUCCCAGUGACAUGAUCUUCCAAUCCUGGAAUAGGAAGGAAGGUCCUCCGAAACCUACCAGAAUGAAUUUGGAUAAACACGAAACGGACAGCAAUUCCAACAACAAUUAUAUCCAUGGUUCGAAACAGCACACUUUCCAGAAAAGAACCGUUGUCUUGCCAGAUAACUGCGGUUUUUGUCAGUCGAGGCUGAGGUUCGGAAGAUUGGCUUGGAAAUGUAAAGACUGCAAGAAUACUUGCCAUGUAGAAUGCAAGGACAAAUUGGCCCUGCCUUGCAUCCCCGUUAUUCACACUCCGAAUCAGGGCAAUGGUUUGAGCGUUAUUGGCGACUAUACAGGUACAACACCGCCAAUGGUACCACCUCUUAUAAUUCAUUGUGUUAAUGAAAUUGAGCUCAGAGAUACAAACGAAGUAGGUCUAUAUCGAGUGCCAGGUUCAGAAAAGGAAGUUAAGACUCUUAAGGAGCGAUUUUUGAAGGGUAAAGCAGCACCCUGUCUAACUGAUAUUGACGUCCAUGUUCUCUGUGGGGUUGUUAAGGAUUUCCUCAGAUCACUGCAAGAUUCCUUGAUAACCAAGGCUCUGUGGAACGACUUUGUGACUGCUUGCGAUGAAAAUGACGUUCAGAAAAUCAAAGCCAAAAUCUCCGAGCUUCCACAACCAAACAGAGACACUUUAGCCUUCAUGAUGCUUCAUCUACAAAGAAUUUCACAGAAAAAGGAAAUCAAGAUGCCUGCUGAAAAUUUGGCUAUAGUUUUCGGGCCCACGAUUGUAGGAUAUUCCUCAGAUGACAUAGAUGACAAAAGAAAUAGACACAAUUUCAUAUAUGAAGCAAAACAGCAAGCAAAUGUUGUAAAAUUUUUAAUUGGACUGCCGUCUGCCUAUUGGGAAACGUUCAUAAAUAUCACUCCCAGUUAUGGCCCGGCGAGAUUGCAGCAAACCCCAAGCACAGAUUCCCUGUUGUUGAGGAAUGUUAAAACUCCUAAAAUGGCACACGGAACUCCUAAAAGAAAAAGAUUCUUCCCUACGCCACCAGAAACAAGACUUUAACUCUGGCAUCUUCAACUGAAGAGUGUAUUAAUAUAAUGUUAAGUUUUAUUACAUAAUGCGAGUAUUUCAGUUAUCCUAAGUUUAAGUACUUAAUUUGUUUUAUCAUAAUGAAAGAGUUUUUUUAUGAUACUAGCUGAUAGUGCAUUUGAAUUUUUUCAUUAUAAUUUAAUUUUCAAACAUUAAACAAGGUUGUUCGAGGAAUUUGUAUAUUGAAUUGAUUGAGGAUUGAAUCAAAUGAUGUAAGUGGAAGCUCGAGUGAGACGUUUCAAGUUGUCACAUUUAUAUUUGGAAAUAAAUUUAUUUCUUAUCUAUAAAAA